AAAGUAUAACCUGAAAUGGAUGCCGCCAUGAUGGAAACAUCCCUAUCAAUCCCCCUACUGCCCCCUGUGGUUGAGAAGGCGCUGCGAGAGGCGCAAUGCCUCCUGGGAGUUGUAGUCGUCUUCGCUCGCCGUUUUGCAAGCAUGGAAGCCGCCGUAAGAAGCACUCAUGGUUCCGACUCAGAAGAGGACAGAGACUCGGAUAAUGAUUUUGAAACUUCACAGUUGGGAACGAAGGAAUAUUGGGAAAAUGCAUACCAAAAAGAACUGGAAACAUUCCAAGACAUUGGGGACGUUGGGGAGAUAUGGUUUGGUGAGGAAAGCAUGAACCGUGUGCUAAAAUGGAUGGACAAUGCUAAUAUUGCAAAAGAUUCUGCCAUUCUGGACAUCGGCACAGGAAACGGAGCCUUUUUAGUUGAGAUGGCUAAACAGGGAUACGAGAAUUUAACUGGAAUUGAUUAUUCCCCAGCUUCUGUGGAACUGGCAAAAAGUGUUCUUCAGGCAGAGGGCUUGACACAUGUCAAUGUUAAGGAGGUGGACUUCUGUCGAGGAGAACUCGAGGUUUACGACGUGUGUAUCGACAAAGGGACGUUUGACGCCAUCAGCCUGAAUCCUGACGAUACCGGCGAGGUGAAAAGACUCUACGUGCAAGCUUUAAAAGCCUCCCUGAAGGACCGAGGACUCUUUUCGAUUACGUCCUGUAACUGGACAAAAGAACAGCUGCUUGAGAGAUUCAAAGAAGGAUUUCAAUUUGUACAGGAGUUGCCGACGCCCACGUUCCGGUUUGGAGGCAAAAAGGGAAACAGCGUGACUGCCUUGAUAUUCAAGCGAGUGUACUGAUGCAACCAACAGGGUUUUGUAUGGGUGUUUGUGUCUCUCUCUUUUUAUUUAUAUAUUUUUUUUUAAUAAAGUGACUUUGUUUGUCAUGAUGUAUGGAAAGACAA